UACUGUAUUGUUUUAUUUAUCAUCUGUUGUUGAGGUCCUGUGAUGACGGUGGCAUUCUAAUUUCCUGGUGACUGCUCAGCCUUUUUGACAAAUAUAAACUGUGGGUCAUGGAAGAAGACAAGAAGGAUAAUAAACAGGACGUAGCAAAUACUGGUGAUGUCACAGCCUGUGGCUCAGGAAGUCCUAUUAAGGAGACAUGUUGGAAUCAAAGAGAGGCCCUGCCAGGGGAGCCUUCCUGUGUUAUUUGUGGCCGCUAUGGUGAGUAUAUAUGUGAUGAGACAGAUGAUGAUAUAUGCAGCAUGGAAUGCAAGCAGAUCCUCCUUGGUAGACUUGCCAACUCCCGAAAGCCAGUAUGUGUUUCAUCUUCUAUAAAAGUUCCUGUCACAGAUGAGUGCUUUUAUGUUAGAGAUGAUGAUCAGAAAUCAGAUUCUGAGAGUUUGAGCAGCAACCAGAUUGAAGCUUUAAGAAGAAGAAUUGAGAUCCGAGUCAAGGGAGAAUUUGUUCCACCACCCAUCCUGUCGUUUUCUUCCUGCAGUCUUCCUCAAAAGCUCCAACAAAAUUUAGAAUCUGCUGGCUAUGAGAUGCCCACACCUGUCCAAAUGCAAGCCAUUCCAGCUGCUUUGAUUGGCAAAAACUUGCUCGUUUCAGCUGAUACAGGUUCUGGUAAAACAGCAUCCUUUCUAGUCCCUGUAGUUUCUCGCUGUGCAAAUUAUCUUUUCAAACACCCCUCAGACCAGAAAAAGCCAUUAGCGUUGGUUCUGGCACCAACCAGAGAGCUCUGUGUACAGGUGGAGGAACAAGCAAAGCUACUGGGGAAGGGUCUGCCCUUUAAAACUGCACUUGUGGUUGGUGGUGAUGCCAUGGCUGGACAAAUUUACCGCAUUCAGCAGGGGGUGGAAUUGAUUGUUGGAACUCCGGGCAGGCUGAUUGAUCUUUUAACCAAACAUGAUAUUGAACUUGAUGAGGUAUCAGUUCUGGUUUUGGAUGAGGUGGAUUGCAUGCUUCAGAGGGGCUUUCGGGAUCAGGUAAUGCAGAUUUUCCGGGCUCUUCUACAGCCUCAGAUAUUGAUGUUCUCUGCAACAAUCCCACCAGAGGUUGAAAAGAUGGCAAACUCAAUGGCAAACGAUUUGAUUCUUGUGUCUACCGGGAAGCCAAACAGGCCAAACAGUUCUGUAAAGCAGGUUGUUAUCUGGGUUGAGUCAAAGCAUAAGAAGCAGAAGCUUUUUGAGAUAUUGAUGAGCAAGCAACAUUUCAAGCCUCCUGUUGUAGUGUUUGUGAGUUCAAGGCUUGGUGCUGAUCUCCUGUCUGAAGCAAUUAUAGUCAUGACUAGGCUGAAAGCUCUUUCAAUCCAUGGAGAGAAGCCUAUGAAGGAGAGGAGGGAGAGCCUGAAGUCGUUCUUGAUGGGAGAGGUUUCUGUGAUUGUGGCCACGGGUGUUCUUGGACGAGGUGUGGAUCUUUUGGGGGUGAGGCAAGUGAUUGUGUUCGACAUGCCCAAUUCCAUUAAAGAGUAUGUCCAUCAGAUUGGUAGGGCAUCUAGAUUGGGAGAGGAGGGAACAGCAAUUGUGUUUGUUAAUGAGGAGAAUAAAAAUCUGUUUCAGGAGUUGGUUGAAGUUUUGAGAUCAUCAGGAGCUGCUGUUCCUCGUGAGCUUGCUAAUUCACGGUACACAAUUGCUUCCUACUCUGUUGGCAAGAGCCAGAAGAAACGGAAGCAUGGUUGCUGAAGCCUACUGAUGUGAAAUUUUCAAGUGGAACAUAAAGUGCUGCCUGCAAUGGAGUUGGGAUGACUGGCAUGUCUCAGAGGCAAUGGCCUCCCAGGCUAGGCUAAAUAGUUUAUGGCUUUUCCUAAUUGAUGACAAUCACAUCUGAAAACUCUGGCAAAAGGGAAGUCUGCACUUUGACAAUAAUGAUGGUAUACCUUGUGGGCCCAUUUUCUAUCAGUGCUUGCAGGUUCAGCUCAGGUACUGUGCAAUUUUUUCAGAUAAUUCUUAUAUGGCUGCAGCAUAGACAAUGAAAGUUAUGGCGCAGAUAUUGUAACAAAAGGCUAAAAUCAAACUACAUAAAGAGGGGGUCCCUCCACCAUAGCAUAACUAUAAAUGUUAGUGGAUACCAACUUUAGCCAUCAUGGGAGUAUAAACAUUUAGCGACCUGGGUAUAUUUAAGUUGGGAAGAAUCCACUAAAAUGCCAACUUGUAUAUAGUUGUGAAAUGCAACACAGAAAUAGGUUGUAAUAUCAGUUGCAUUCCUUUUCUUUCGUUAAGAUUUGUAUUUCUAUGUUGUAACGUGUGUGGGCUCUUUCAUUACAGUUCCAUUAAUCUAUUCUUCCUUGUAGUCUCAGAAGUUGGGAUUUUAGGUAAGUUUCAAUCUAGUAGGCAGACAUUGUUCUCAUUGCAUGUCUGUGAGCUUAUGCAGAAAAGUCAUUAUUUGUAUCCUCU